AAUAAAUAAAUUUAGAAAAGAAAAAGGAAAAAAAGUUUGAAAGCAAAUGUAGCUUUCAUAGCUAUCAGCAUCACACAGGUGUUAAUUACCGCUCAGGGAUGAGAUGCAGAGGAUAACUUUCACCUCGAAGCUCUCUCCCUGUCUAUGCUCUCACUAGUCUCCUCUACCCACCACCACCACCAUCAUCAUCUUCAUCUUCAAAUGGAGCAAAUCAGCGAUGGAAUUUACAAUCACCGCCAAUCUCCUUCCUCCGAUCGAUUCCUCACCGUCUUCUCUCCGCCGAAACCCGAUCAUCACGGAACUUGCGCCGUUUAUCUCAUCGGUGACGAACUCAACGAAGCAGAAGUCUUCUGGACCGAAUCAAAUCGCCGUCCAAUCUCUCCCUCAUCCGCUGAUUCUUCUUCUACCGGUAAGAUGCACCAUUCCUUCCGCAAGCCGGAAAAGUUUGGAAUCCUCGCCGCAUUGCCAGAAGAGGAUUGUAAUCUGAAUCCGCCUCUACUGUGUAGAAAACCUUCUAUUUCGUAUCCAUCGGUUCAUUCAACAACACCAGCAGCGAGAGAAUAUUCUCAGUCUGCACCGGCUAGGAAGUUCAUGCAAUCGGCUCCCGUAACUGUUCCGAUGAUGCAGAAGAAGAUUCGUAACACUGAUUUCGAUGAGAUUGAUUCGAUCGAUGACGACGAUGAAGACGAAAUCCUGCCGCCUCAUGAGAUCGUAGCUAAAGGAUCGACGAAAUCAUCCCAAACAACUUUCUCUGUUCUUGAAGGCGCUGGGAGGACAUUGAAGGGAAGAGAUUUGCGUCAAGUCCGUAACGCUGUGUGGCGCAGAACAGGUUUUGUUGACUGAUACCUUAACUAGUUGUUGUUUUAUGGAGUGAAAAUGUCUCUUUUUUUGCUAGGUUUUAUCAGUUCUUCACCUUGUUUUAUACAUCAUAACAUCAUUAUACAAGAUCUUGGAUUUUGCUAUGCUUUAGUAGUUCUUGGAUUGGAAUCUAGAUUGAAUCAGA